GCGAGAUCACCACGCCGCCUACGCUCGUGCUCCCUCGAGCUCGCCUUGCCGCGUCGGAGGAGAGAUGCCGGAGGACGAGGUGGAGCUCGUGUCGUGGACGGCGGCGGCGCAGCCGGCGGUCCAGAUGCCGUGCGGGGCGUGCAGGUCGCUCCGGCGCCGGUGCGUGCCGGGCUGCGUCUUCGCGCCCUACUUCCCGGCGGAGGGCGACGGGCCGUCCCGGUUCACGGCCGUGCACCGGGUCUUCGGCGCCAGCAACGCCGCCAGGAUGCUCGAGGACGUGGAGCGCCCCGGGGAGCGGCGCCGCGCGGCGGAGACGCUCGUCGAGGAGGCCCGGGCGCGCGUGCGGGACCCCGCCCUCGGCUGCCUCUCCUACGUCGCCGUGCUCCAGAUGCUCAACGAGAAGGCCCGGGAGCAGGUCGACGCCGUGCGCGCGGAGAUCGCCGCGGAGUUCGGCCCCGAGGCCGCGUCCGAGCCGGUCGACCUCGCGGCUGCGGGGCCGGAGGUGAAGCUGGAGGCCAUGGCGCAGGCUGAGCGCGCGCUGGCGCAAGCGAGGGAGAAGGACGCCAAGAUGCUGGUCGCGCGGCGCGCCGUCGACCUCAAGUGGCGGAAGCUGCGCCAAGCGGAGAGGCGCGCCGCCGGGGAGAGGCUCCGCCUCCCGGGCGGCCGCUGGCUGGACACGAACAACCAGAUGGCCGAGACAGAGAACACGGCCGCCGCCGCGGCCGUGACGGAGCUGGACUCCCCGGAAGGGAACGGGCACCCGCAGCAGUCGGCGCCCGCCGCGGCCGCAAACCAGCACCGCCACCUCGCCGCGCAACAGGCCUGGGCGGAGCCGGGCAUCCCGGAGGGGUACGGCCACGGGCAGCUGCACGAGCUGAUGGCGGAAACGCAGCAGACGACUGCCGGGGCGGAGGCAUUGACGUCGGAGCAGGCCCCGGCCGCCGCGCUGCAGCACCAUGAUUCCGCAGCGACCCGGCUCGAUGGGACGGGGAUCAGCUUCCUGGACAGGCACCAGGUGGCUGCCGCGGGGGAGCUUUCUAAGAAGCUGGACACCAUGAUACGGCGAUUCGCCGCGGCGCAGCAGUACGACGACCCUGCGGCGGCGCGCUACCCGUGGAUGGGUCCCGACGUCUCGCCGCGGCUCCGGCAGCCGCCUCAGCCCCAGGACACGAUGCCGCUGGUGGCGGAGGCGCGCGACCAGGACUUGAUGCUGCUGCUGGCGCAGCAGAUCGCCGAGGCGGAGCAGGACGCGAUGAUGCAGCUGCUGGCCGCGGGCGCGCCUCAGCGCGAUAUCCUCGCCGCCGCGGCGAAGGUUGCCAGGGAGCAGGACAUCAUGGCGCAGGUCGCCACUGCAGAGCUUUCCAGAGAGCAGGAAAUGAUCGUGCGGCAGGCCAGGCAGCCAGAGAUGACGAUGUUGCUGCAGGCCGCCGCGGCGCAUCAGGACCCCAUGGCGCGGUACUCCAAGACAGAGCUCGACAUCUCGCUGGGGCAAGGCCACCCGUACAGGCACCAGCCGACGGUGCAGCAGCUGGCAGACGUGGAGCGAGUAGCCAGGGAGCCGAACACGACGACGAUGCAGCAGGUCGCGGCGUACAUGAACGGUGAGCACGUGAGCGACUCCGGCGUGACGGCGGCAUUCCAGCUGCCGGGAUCGGCUGAGGCCGCGCCAUUCCGCGUCCAGCAGCAACCGCCGCCGCAGGGGCAGACGCCGAGCGCGCUUGGGCUCGAAGUGGAUUCAUCUCUGCCGCCGCUGCCGCCGUCGUUGGGCGGGCCGCACCCGCACGGCCAGGUGUCGCAGCAGCAGGGUACGGAUGGUGGCGACGAGGACCAGUCUUCUGAUUUGUCAGUGUACUUGUUCGACUGAUCCUUGUUCAGGUGAGGUGAGAAAGCAGAGGCAGUUGUUAUGGGCAAGGCAGACAGGCUUCAGCGGGUAGCAUACGGUCCAGACUCCAGAGAGGAGAUGAGGCCUUGUCCGAACCAAAAGAUGCAGGAUUUGCAGACAAUAGUUAAAACAGAGUUGUGAUUUCCUAUUUUAGGUUUAACAACACACAGUACUUGUUCAGAACUUCUGAUGGCUCUAGGCCAUGAUGUCAACUCUUUUACGUUGCCUGAAUUUUGUGGACUGUUACAUACUGUGGUCCAGUUCAUCCAGGUGCUUACAAAGAGAUGUUUUGCUGAUGAAAUCGAGAUGGUUAUAUGGAA